CACCCUUUGCUCCUCCUCUCGGAGCCGGCGCUUUGCUGCAGCCCCUGACGUCAGCUGCCCGCAGUCAGCGGCGGCUCCGCCCGACCCCGUCCCCAGUCCCCCCGCCCCGCACCCCGCCGGCCCAGCCCCGGACCCGCACCCGACCCCCGGCACCGACCCAGCCCCGGACCCGCACCCGCACCCUCCCUCCACCCGCGGCUCGGUCCCGCAGCAGCGCCGGAGUCCGGGGCCGACCCAUCCAGGCCACCGCCCCGCUGCCCGGCCCGGGAGCGCCCGCACCGUUCCCCGCGGUGCCCCCUCCCCGGCCGUUGCCAUGGCGAGCUUUGACUCUCUGUCCAGCCCGUUGAUGCGACAGAUCGACAAGCAGUUCCUGGUCUGCAGCAUCUGUCUGGAUCGAUACAACACUCCGAAGGUUCUGCCAUGUCUGCACACCUUCUGUGAGAGGUGCCUACAGAACUACAUCCCCCCGCAGAGCCUGAGCCUGUCUUGCCCGGUUUGCCGACAGACAUCCAUCUUGCCGGAGAAAGGAGUGGCCGCGCUGCAGAACAACUUCUUCAUCAGCAACUUGAUGGAGGUGCUGGGCCGGGACGGGGUGUGCAACCGUGAGGAGACCUCGCUGACCGCCAGUGUGGGCGGCGUGUCCGGCCACUGCCUGUCAUGCCCCAACCACGCCGGACAGGUGAUGGAGUUCUACUGCGGCUCGUGUGAGACGGCCAUGUGCCGCGGUUGCACCGAGGCCGAGCACCGGGAGCAUCGCACCGUCCCGCUCCGCGAUGUGGUGGAGCAACACAAGGGGGCGCUGCAGCUGCAGCUCGACACCAUCCGCGGCCGUCUCCCCCAGUUGAGUGCGGCGGUGGAGCUGAUCCAGCGGCUUUGCCUGGAGCUGACGGAACAGCGAGAAGCGGCCGUGGGCAACGUCAGCCGCACCUUCGAGGAGCUGGAGCAGAUCCUGAGGCAACGCAAGAACAGCCUGGUGCAGGGACUGGAGCAACUGUGCAGCAGCAAGCAGCAGGUCCUGGAGUCCCAGCUGCAGUUACUGGUCCAGGGUCGGGAGCGGAUCCGGAGCAGCUCAGAGUUCACGGAGCAGGCCCUGCGUCAGGGCACGGAGGCGGAGGUGUUGCUGGUGAGGAAGCAGAUGAACGAGACCCUGGGGGAGUUGGGACGGGAGGAGUUCCCGCUGCAGCCGCAGGAGAACCAGCACCUGGAGUGUGUGCUGGAGACGGAGGGUCUUCGCCGGUCGCUACAGGGUCUGGGCUCGCUGGUCACCACCAGCGCGGUGGGACGACAGACGGUGGGGUCCGGCGAGGGGCUGAGACAGGCCGUGGUGGGUCAGCCGACGGCCGUCACCGUCACCACCAAGGACAAGGACGGGGAGCUGGUGAAGACGGGCAGCGCGGCCGUAGUGGCCGAAGUGACGGCUCCGGACGGUUCCACCGCCCACGGCCAUGUGGUGGACAACAGGAACGGCACCUACGAGCUGCUGUACACACUGCGGGUGGAAGGCGACCACCUCCUGUCUGUCACCCUGUAUGGGCAGCCCAUCCGUGGAUCCCCCUUCCGUGUCCGAGCCGCACGGCCAUGCGACCUCUCACAAUCCCCCGACGAUGUCCGGCGUCGAGUCAAGUCCCCCGGAUCCGGGCACAUCCGCCAGAAGGCCGUGCGGAGACCGGCCAGUAUGUACAGCAGUGGCAAACGCAAAGACAACCCCAUCGAGGAUGAACUCAUACAUCGUGUCGGCAGCAGAGGCCGUGAGAAGGGUGAGUUCAGCAACCUCCAGGGGAUCUCUGCCUCCGGCAACCGCAUUGUGGUUGCCGAUAGCAACAACCAGUGUAUCCAGGUGUUCUCCAAUGACGGACAAUUGAAGCUGCGUUUCGGGGUUCGGGGUCGGUCGCCGGGACAACUGCAGCGCCCCACCGGCGUGACCUUCCACCCCAACGGUGACAUCAUCGUGGCCGACUACGACAACCGAUGGGUCAGCACCUUCGCUGCCGAUGGCAAGUUCAAGAGUAAGAUAGGUGCGGGCAAGUUGUUGGGACCGAAGGGCGUUGCCGUUGACCGUAACGGCCACCUGAUCGUGGUGGACAACAAGGCUUGCAGUGUCUUCAUCUUCCAGUCCAACGGGAAGCUGGUGACACGGUUUGGUGCGCGGGGAACUGCAGACAGACAGUUUGCAGGUACACUGGAUGGGCCGCACUUUGUUGCCGUCAACAACAAGAACGAGAUCCUGGUGACUGAUUUCCACAACCACUCAGUGAAGGUUUAUAACUCCGACGGGGAAUUCCUCUUCAAGUUCGGGUCCCACGGCGAGGGCAACGGUCAGUUCAACGCCCCCACGGGGGUGGCCGUCGAUGCCAAUGGCAACAUCAUCAUCGCUGACUGGGGCAACAGCCGGAUACAGGUCUUUGACAGCUCGGGCUCCUUCCUGUCAUACAUCAACACCGCCGCGGACCCCCUGUAUGGACCCCAGGGUCUGGCCCUUACCUCCGACGGGCACGUGGCUGUGGCCGACUCUGGCAACCACUGCUUCAAGGUUUACCGGUACCUGCAGUGAUGGUGCAGUGGGAACGGGCACCCCAGUCCGUGGAGCGUGUGGGACAGAAGCUGUACCUGUAAAUAUACCUGGGCCAGGCCGGGUUAGCACCUGUGCUUGUAAAUACACCUGGAGUGGCCCGGACCAGCCCAGUAAAAGGCCUGGCACAAGAGCAGGGGUUCUAAAUCACCUGGAUAAGUCCGGGCCAGGACUUGUAGCUGCAAACAUAUAUGGACCGACCCAGGACAGCACCUGGGCUUGUAAAUAUACCUGGAGCGGCCCGGACUGGCCCAGGACAGGAUCUGGGGACCUAAAUACACGUGGACCAGCAGGGACUGUCCCAGGACAGGGCUGUACCUGUAGCUGUAAAUAAACUCAGACUGGUUCGGGAGAGGCGGAGAGAGGUGGCCUGCUCACACCCACUGACUACUCUGGGCUUCUGGCCACUGGCUGACCAUCAGACUGACCGCCGGCCUUCGAACCGCACCGGGACACGCCCCCACAUGCCAAGCUCCCGCCGGUGAACCUGGGCCCCAGGACCACUCACCGCAGGAGGAAGGGACCAGGGCAGACCCCCCUCCCCCCACUGACCCACCCCCCCCUCACUGGCCCC